GUUCAACUGCAGGUUUUCCCUUCUCCAAGCCGCCGUAGAAUGGAUAGCAAAGGUGACUGUGAAGAAAUAACAUAUCCCAAAUUGUACUUCGCUAUAGAUGGAUUUGAAGAGGUUUUUGAUGAUAUAAUCAUAAGAGACGGGGAAUGUGUAUGCGUUGAGCUUGUAGCACGUGAUAGGCAACAUUUCCGUCAAGCUGUGAUUUUUUUGGGGUCGAUACGUUACGGUAUAUUACAACAAGUGUAUGAAACAAAAGCUUCGUCUAAAUGGAAUUGGACACCUCGAUGGGGUAAAUCAGAUCGUAGGCAAGAGUUUGUACGAAUGAGAGGACCACAUGGAAAGGGACAUGCUGAAAUGGCAGUAUCUCCUUUGUCAGAUGGGCCGUCUACUCCAAUGACUGAACGAGCACCAGAUAACGUCAAUAUUUCUAAAUCAAUGGGCAGACGCCGUAUGUCAGAAACGAAUUUAAAUGCUUCUAUGAGCUCAAGUGUAACGAUGAGCAAGAACCCCAAAUGGCAAAGCGAAUCAGAUAACAUUGAGAAAUAUGCUGAAGUAGAUGGACAAAACCUGGACGAUGAUAUGGAUAAUUUAUUGACAUCUCCAUUUUGGACUGCUAGAGGAGUUGGUCAAGCAUGGCAUUGGUUGCGUGAGAAGAAAAAAGCUGGUUGUGCACC